AUGACUGUGGAGGACUCAUGGGGUUUGUCCACCGCUAUGCCCACCGACGGGCAGAAGUUGCGGGAGAGUGUGCGAACUUUAAUGGCCCAAUGCAUCCAGAAGUAUGGUGGCCCUGAGAACUACUUACGAAUGAGGUUUGCUACGCGUGCAGCCAAGCAAGACUGGCUGAACUACUUGGGUGAAAUUCAGAAGGUGGAUGGGGCCACCAGCUUCAAUGUAGGCGUCGACUUGCCAAUCUCCAACUGCAAUGCCUUGAGUGAGGGGGCACUCCUGCGCAUGCAUCUAGGAUCUUUCAGCUUCAGCACAGCAGCGUCUGUCCGCGGCUGCCCGGAGAACGAUGUAGUUCUCAAGCUCAUGGACGAGAUCAUGGUGGAUGGCUUCGUUACGCAAGGAGAUCCACUCCUUCUGACUCAACCAGCUGACCUUCUUGCAGAGGUGGAGGAGGGAUUGAUGGGUCCUUGGGCUCGUGCUGGCCACUCGAGUUUGCGGCCAAUGACUGUGGGCUACUAUAAGGGCAGAACCCGUGUCACGGUCCUUUUGGCCAUUCUCUCUCUCCUCAGGGAUCAUGUCAAUCCCAACCUGGCCGAGGUGCACAGCAAGCUGCACCAGAGUGUGCAGGUGAUCCUCGGGAAGAGGGUCCAGCUGCCCUCGAAGAAAGACGAACUUCUUGGCAACUUUAACUUGUCAGUCAGAGGCUCCAUUCGAAAAGCUCCCAAUGUUGUGCCAGCUUCCCAGCUCUUCAAGAUUUGUUCAUGGUUCGUGAAGGAUCACAAUGCCAAUUCCUCAAAGAAUGGCCAGCUGGUGGGAUCCAAAGCCCAGGCGGUGAAGAACAUUUUGCACAGCCUGCCAUCGAAAGUGAGGCAGCUGAUAGUGGACUACACGACAGAGGUCAAGACCCUCAUCAGCUACAACCGCAAGAUGCCAGCCGGCAUGGAGGCCAAGAUGCAGAGGCAGCAGUGGGACCGGCUGGCAGAAGAGUGCGCGUGUGUGGUUCACAUGGGUGAAGAGGUCUUGAAUGUGAUGCCAGUCGCCCCCGAAGUGCUGUAUGAAGCUUGGCACCAGAAGUACAUCGAUGGUGACCAAACGGUGACUGUGGAGGUGCAAAGUGCAAUCCUGGCCCGUUCUGCUGGGAACAUCCGUGAUGUGGGGACAUUGAACACGUUGCUCACCCAACAUGCCUCGAGCUGUCCUGUGCCCAAGAAGGAUGUGAUUGGCAUGGUUCAAUUGGAGAAGGACGCCUUCGAUUUGACACUUCGCCAGUUGUCAUAUGAUUUGCAGGCGCUGAAGGUGGCGAAGAGCAAAAGGUCGACCUGGGAGGCUUCGGUGUAUCAUGUCAAGCUACAACACCGCGUGCAGCUGCAUGAGGCCUCCAUGAAUGCUGCACGUUGGUUCAUGGACAAUUUCUGCAAGGUCAUCGUGGCAGAUACCGCGGAUGAGAUGUUGCGGCACUUUCAGGUUCACAAGCAGCAGGUGAUCAAUCGCCUCCGCUUGGAUGGAAAUGGCUGUGUGGCUCAACUUUGCAACAGCAACUUUCAAUUGAUUGGACAUGAGGUCGACUUUGUUUUCAUCAACUGGCUGGCACCAUCCACGCUGAAGAACUCGUCCCAGCAGGCCCAGACUAAUUUUGCUUCGCAUUGCAUUUUGUCAUCGGAGCAGAACUAUGGUGCUGUGUUGAUGCCCAUCUUCACUUACAAGAAGGGGCAAUUGUGGAUGCUGGAAACUUCAACAACUCGCGCAUUGGCAAUGUCGGGCCUGCAUGUGGAUCAUGUUUGGCAUUUGUGCUUUGGCAAGAAGGCAGAUCUCCGAGAUGGCCGCCCUUGCACAUACCCUGGCCGCUUGCUGGUGCAUCCCAACGCAAAGGAGAAGCAGAUCUGGCACAACUGCCUGCUGAUGAAGGUUGGCAGGACAGCAGAAGCAGAGAUGCUGCACGCCAGGGACAUGUGCCAGGUAGAAGAUGUCUCGGCCGACGCGCUACCAACUACAGUGGACGAUGACAUGGCCGUGAUCCAAGGAGCACAGAAAUACCAGCAGAUUGGAUGCAAUGCAGCCACGAAGAUCCUGGACGCUGCCCUCGAUGGUGUUGCUGUGGACUCCAAUGGAGCCAUGUUCAUCAUCGAUGUGAACCCUGGAGUGGGGAACAUGUUUGAUGCCUUCAUGGCCAAAAGGGCAUCGGUGAACUACAACCUUCAAUAUGUGGCCAUGGUGCAUGAGGAUCUUUCAGCUGAAUGGUUCCAGGAGACCAAGGCGCAGGCCUUAGCAAGUGGCCAUAUGGCUGGAAAGGUCCAAAUUCCUGGGCAUGCUGUGGGCUCUCAAGAGUGCCCUCCUGAUCUCUUGGAGAGCGAGCCGCCGCUUCCGAAGCUGAACCUCAUGGUUUCGCGCAGUGACUUGUACCCAGAAGUCCCACCUGCAGUGAUCCGGCAGUGGAUGGGGACUGAAAUGUCCAGCGAAAUGCAGAAGUUCCUCGACAGUGUCCAUGAGGAGUUUGGCCCAGUUCCAGAUCUCAAGAAGCCAGCAGAUGACACUGGUGGCAAUGCCAAUGCCAACCCAGAUCCCAACAAGUCUCCGCCUGCGAAUACGAGUGGCCAGAAGAGGAAAGCAUCGCAGAAUAGCGCUUCAGCUGGGAAGAAGGCGAAGGUGGAUCGUGCCAAGGAAGUGGACCUCCAGACGGACAAGCUUUGUGAAGCUCCCAUGCUGAACAAAGGCAGCGCCAUUGUGAUCCACAUCAAGACAGGGAACCGCCCAUACCUUGUCAACGCAUCAGAUGCAGCUCAGAGCCUGUCAGCUGGAACUGUGGUGGCUGCUUUUGGCCGUGGCAAGUUCAUUCGCCACCAAUCCAAUGCACCUGCCAGUGAGGUUAGCAACAAGGAGGUCCCAUAUGACCUGAGCGGCGCUGAUGCACAGGUUCUUUACAAUGGCAACUUGACCACCAUUUACGAGAUGGUCGAGCAUAGGAGGAAAUCUGGACCUUCACCUGUCAUCAAGGUGAACUAUUUCGAGACGAUCGACCAGCCAGAGGAGGGCAAGCCAGGCCACUUCAAAUUGAAGAAGACUCAUGACUUGAGGUUCUUGCCCCAGCAGACUGUGAAUGUGGAGCAUGAGGGCAGUGCGAAUGGCGGCGACAACACGGCCAGCCAAAUGAAUCUCGCUUCCUUGUUGCCGGUUGAAGCAUGGGCAAGUCACUGCACCCAAGUGCUGUUCAGCGUCAAGUGGGCAGCAUCCGGUCUUGCUCCCAUCCGACCUCAAGUGGUGUUGGUGCAGGACGUUGAGCUGGCACCAGGGCGAUGUUUGGCCCUUUUCUGA